AUGGAUCGUCUGUAUCGACUGUUUUGUUUUACAGCUUAUCUGGGCACCCUGGAGUUCACCCUGCUCUUCGAUCACGAGAACAACUGUCUACACUGUACAAUCCACAAGGCCAAGGGACUAAAGGCCAUGGACUCCAAUGGACUGGCCGAUCCAUACGUCAAGCUUCACCUCCUGCCUGGAGCAAGCAAGGCGAACAAGCUCCGCACCAAAACACUGAAGAACACUCUGAACCCGGUGUGGAGUGAGACACUGAUGUACCACGGCAUCACCGCUAUCGACAUGACCACCAAAACCCUCAGGCUGUGUGUGUGCGACAUGGACAGGCUCGGUCGUAACGAGUUUAUCGGAGAGGUCCGUGUCGCCUUGAAGAAACUGAGCAAGGGCGAGAGCAAAAGAUUCAAAAUGGGUCUGGAGAGAAUCACACAGAACAAAGACAUCAACAAAGAAACCGUGGAGCAAGGGACACCUGUGGCCGAGGAAGAGCGUGGUCGUAUCCUGGUGUCGCUCUGCUACAGCCCAGAAAAGAGCUGUUUACUGGUCGGCAUCGUACGCUGUGCCCACCUCGCCGCCAUGGACUCCAAUGGGUACUCUGACCCCUUCGUCAAGAUUGUGCUGCAGCCUGAUAUGGGGAAAAAGUCCAAGUACAAAACCACAGUGAAGAAGAAAACUCUCAAUCCCGAGUUUAAUGAGGAGUUUGUGUAUGAAGUUCCACACGACCAGCUGGCCAAGAAAACUCUGGAGAUCUCGGUAUGGGACUACGAUCUGGGGAUGAGCAACGACUUCAUAGGUGGAGUUGAACUGGGCAUACAUGCUAAGGGAGUGAGGCUGAAACAUUGGUUUGAGUGUCUCAAACACAUCGGCAAGAAAGUCGAGUACUGGCACACCCUCACGCAGCAAGGAGCCCCCCCGGAGCCCCCCCCGCAGUGACUGACACACACACACACUUUAUCGCAAUUAUUAAAUGAUAAUCAAUGAAUGGUGAAGAAAGAAAGAAAUAAUAAAGUAAUAAAGUAAUAAUAYUGAUAAAACAUGCAAUAAUGAGACGGAUAAUGAGGAUAUAAUAAUAACAAUAUUAAUUAUAAUACAAAUAAUAAUAGUGGGUAAUUAUCCCAGUUUAGCUUUUUUCUAAGUAAAUACAUUUGUGAAAAUGUC